AUGAGAGGAAAGAAGACUCCUGGCUCCACGUCGUUCGUUGAUUACACAAAGCUGAACUACGUCCACAUCUCACAACAGGUCAUGCCUGCGUUCACGCCAGUCUUCAAUGAGACGCCGUCGGCCAUCUCGUCCUCGCAUCGCGCGCAAAUGGCGGCUCAUAUUCAGACGUCCCAGAGCAACAGCAUGCAGGAGCUCGCGAAGUACAAGGCGGAGGGCGGUGCGAGGAUGGCUGCGAUAAAGACCUCGCUCGAGUCUCUGCAUGCGAUGCGACUCUACCGCGCUCCCUCUGGUGCAGAUGCAAAUGGUGCGCUUCAGCAGGGCCCCUGGGCGGCUUUCGGGGCUUCCAACAAGACUGCCCAGCUUGAGAAGGAUGUCGAGAACUCAGCUACAUGUAUUGCGGACAUGAAGGGCUCGGGAGUCUCAGGCUCGAGCUCUGCGAGUUUGGUUGGCUCGACUUCGGGGUCACCACCUGGCGGCGCGCCCGUCAACGAGACCGAGAGGUCGGUGGGCACCUUCCCGCGGUGCACCGCUGGCUCGCAGAAGACAGCCCACCGGGAGCAGCCGAAGGGGGUGUCGAAGAGCUGCGGCUUUGUUUUUGGCAGCGCGGCCUCGGCUCGCGCCGCCUCGGAGUUCAUGAGUGAUAAGCAGGCGCGCUGGCAGGGCCCGAG